AUGAAGGAACACCAAGAAAGGGUCGAUAAAAUACCGGGCGCUCCAAAGAUGCUACCAAAACGAGAUGUCGGCCGAUUCAUCGAGCAGCCCUACAGUGAAGCGGCAGCCCCCCAUGCUAUUCCAAAAACCUUCAAAAUGCCGCCAUACUUAAAAAUAUACGAUGGUACCACAGACCUAGAAGAUCACAUAAUCCACUACGUCACGGCAGUGAAAGACAACGACCUAUCGAAAGAGCAGGUGUCAUCGGUGCUGCUGAAAAAGUUCGGUGAAACCCUAACAGGGGGAGCACUGACGUGGUAUUCCCAACUGCCGGCACGGUUGAUAUCAACGUUCGAAGAAAUGGCAGAUAAAUUCGUCACCGCUCAUGCGGGAGCGAAAAAAGCAGAAGCCAGGGUAAACGACAUCUUCGCCGUUAGACAGACGACAGGCGAGGGACUUCAGGAUUUCCUAGCCCGAUUCAACAGAGUAAGAAUGAGCCUACCCAAUGUAUCGGAGGGGAUGGCGGUAGCAUCCUUCCAAAAUGGGUUAAAUACAAAUGGGUCGAAAGCAACAAAAAAACUGCUAAGAAGGCUCAUGAAAUACCCUCCCACUACGUGGAAAGAAAUCCAUAACGCAUAUUGUGCCGAAGUAAGGGCAGAUGAGGAUGACUUAAAUGAAAUAGUGUAUGCACUAAAAAAGCUCGGCACGAAGGUGCAGUGGCUGCAAAAAAUAAAGUCGGAUCCAAGCACCCGGAGAUCGAACGUUCUGUGCGAGUUCCAUCAGGAAAGGGGACAUAAGACCGAAGAUUGCAUAGGCUUGCGACAUGAAGUGGUAAGAAUGCUGAACCAAGGACACCUGAAAGAACUGCUGAGCGAUCGAGGACGGGCUAACUUCGCUCGUGGGCGCGAUCAACCCCAAGGACCCCCAAAACCACCUUCACCGGCUCGUGUCAUACAAAUGAUCAUUGGCGGCGGUGAUGAUACAGUAAUCAACCAUGUGAAGUUCACCACUACAUACAAACUCAGGCGAACAGUCGCUCACGAACGAUAUGCCGGGAAUCCCAAGGGAUAUCGCCACACAUCGGCUAAAUGUCGACCCUCUCUACCCGUCUGUGCGGCAAAUGAGGAGAAA